UGGAUCAGGCCUGUAUGGACCCCAGGCGCAAGGAACUGGUUGAAUACUUACAGAACAGCCUAGCAAUUCUGGCAGAAACAAUUGAACGGGCAACAGGUGCAGCAGAAAAAUUAGGAGCUGUCCAUCAGGAGGCUCGCAUGAGUCGGGCCACAGAAGUGAUGGUGCAACAUGUGGAGAACCUGAAACGGCAUCACCUGAGGGAGCAUGCAGAAUUGGAGGAUAUGAAGAGGCUGAUCCAGCAGAACUCCCGAAACCGGCAGUUAGCAGAAAACAGGGAUGAUGGUGAGCAGAGACUGAAGUAUCCUCUAGCACGAAUUUUUCAGCAGGGUUCAGCUCGGCGUCGAGUCAGCAUUGCAGUUUUACCCAGACAGCUGAUGUGGGAAGAAGUUUCCCCCUCUGUAACGAAAGAAUCAUCAGCCAAGAAUCAUCCAUGCUGUCAGCCCUUUGAGCAGUUUCAUAGCUCUGAAAAUGGGCACAGCCUUGAGGGAGAAGUAGUUAAGCCAACAACAGUCAAAGAAGAAAAUCCAGAAAGUCAGUCCCAUUUCUCCCAAGAAGACGCUGCAGAGAAUCACCCAAUCCUGCAUCCAAGCCCUUCCAUCUUCUCCCAGCAAAGCCUGCAAGGAGCAAAUAGCAGCCACUCUAGCAGGGAAAGAAGCCAUUGCGCAGAAGGGAGAGACUCAGAACUUAGGAACAGAAGCCACACUGGCAAAAGUCUAGAAGAUUCCAAUGAAGGACUGGGUACAGAGGAGGCAAAUAAGGCAUGUGAAGAACUGGAAGAAAAUGCUCUGCUGGCCAAAAGUUCUAAACUGGAGCUUUCCAGAGCCUGGUUCUCUAUACCUACCUACUACCUGGUUUUAUUAUGGAUGUUUUUCCUGGGGAUUGCUUGCCUUGUUCUAAUCUGGAUCGUGGAGCUGCAGAAACAAUGUUCAUUUACAACCUCUGAUUGUUAGACACAGAAGGCACAGAACUUUGCAUCAUCAAGAUCAGACUUUGGACAAAUAAAAAAGGAAAACAAUA